CCUGUAUCUCUGACUACAACAGGAGGAGUCAUAAUAAAGACUAGAGUCACACUGGGACACGACCACAGACUGUAUAGAUGUGACCGAAGUCUGCUUCAGAUCUGAUUCACAUUAAUAAAGAAAAACAAAUCUGUGUUACUUCAUCCCGAUGCUGUGUCUCCAGUCUGUGGAGAGAAAACACUGUGACAUGGUGAAGGGUAAAUCUACACACACUGACGCACCAUGACCAACUUUUCCUACAUCUGCACCGUGUGGAUCAGCGUCUGUGUGUACCUCCUCUCUGCAGAACCUGAGAUCAGUGUAUCUGGCCCAGUGGGUUCUACAGCUGUCCUGCCGUGUGACCUGACGAGUGUAGACACUGACAGACUGUAUAUUAGAUGGAACAUUGAAUCUAAAACUGUGUUUGAGCGACUGAGUGUGGACUCGUAUCAGUGUGAGGGAUAUGAGGGUCGUGUGGACGUUCCUGUGGAGGAGCUGCGUAAGGGGAACUGUUCACUGGUGUUACACAAUCUGACAUUUACUGAUACAGGAGUCUACACCAGCUACCAGACAGUGAGACACACCAAGAGAUCUGUCCGUGUUAGGAGAGGAACAGUCCUGAUCAACAGUGUUAAUCUCUCAGUCUAUGUUCCCCCUCUUAAAGAAACAGACGUUGGUAUUUCAGCAGCUCCCACAGAAAUGAAGAGUCCUCACCCACUGGUCCUGGUCCUGUCCCUCGUCUCAUGUUUACUCGUCCAGCUCUUCUGUGGAGAAACAUGGGUGUGACCUAUAAACACAAAAGUUCUCCACAAGAUGGCAGUCCAAUAAACCCUUAAAUAAAGCUUCCUGAAAUAAACCUUUUGGUGAAGUUAUUGGCUGGAAAGCCUGGACACCUCAAUAAGGCUUCACCUCACCAUCACUGACCUGGAGGACUGAAAAUAUCCACAGAUGAUUAUAAUUAUAAGGGUUUCUGUAUUUAAUCAGACUUUACAGCAGUAUUUCUUAUAACAGUCAUCUGUCAGAAGGUCACAACUGCUACCGAAAUAAAGUCUUAUUUAUUAAGUACUGAGGCACUGUUUUUACUACAAUUUUAACAUUCUGAAACUUUUGUAAUGUAGUCUGAACUGAAACUGGACUUUCUGCCAAACAGAAUUUUGUUCUGGAGAAACCAGUUUGUUCUUCUUACAGUGUGGUGUAUCAAAUGAUCCAAAAAUCUGAACUUUUUUCUGAGUUAAGCUGGUGUGCAAUUACAAGUCUAUACACACUAUACACAAUUACCAUAUAGUAAUUAUAGUAUAAUUAGUAACGUAUAUAGUGUAUUUUGAG